ACUACAAAUGAUAAUAAUACCAGUAAUGAUGAUUUCCUCGAUAUCCAAAAAGACAUUCCCAAAAAUCUUUCCAAAAAUCCUUCCUCUUCUUCUUCCUUUAGCUUCCCAUCAGCUUCUUAUUGCCAAAUGGCAUCUCCCAAUUCAGGUCUCCCAGUGGCCGAGAAAGGAAACGCUUCCACUUCCACUUCCACCCUUUUAACCCCUGCUUAUUCCAACUUUAUCAAACCCAUUUCAGAAACUUCGAACACUGAAAAAACAAACCCUGAAAAAAUCUCAAAGAAGCUCAAUUCCAAUGGAGAGGAACAAAGAAAAAUUAACCCCCAUUCGCCCUCCAAGGAGAUCGGGGAGGCUACUCCGACGGAGAUCGUCAUCUCCGCCUCCGAUUCAAUCAGCGCCGAGAAACUCUCCGUCAACAUCAUCACUCAUUCGACCAAUUCCGAACAAACCAUCUCCGACCUCAAACCCUCUAUCAAUGAGACUACCUUUCUCUCGUUAUCCUCGAACACAAUCACCUGCUCAAUUCCAACCCUCAAUUGCUCGUCCUCUAAUAUCGCCACCACCCCAGACUGCCCUCUCUCAAUCCCAAUCCCAUUACCCUCAUCAAACUCGGGUGAACUCCCUCAAUCCUCUGCCACCAUCUCAGAGCAACUCUUAUGCCAAUCAAAGAAUUUACCAAUCCAAACCUCCACUUCUAUGGUCAUCGAUAGAAUCCCCUCUAACUCCAGAGAAAGUUUCGAUGAUGUACAACACGCUCAUGCAAAUCAAGAAAUUAAUGAACAAUCAAACCUCUCAGGUCUUGACCUCACCCAAUCCUACCCAUCAGACUCUACCAUGGUUCAAGCAGCAGAUUGCCUGGCCGAACUAUCCCCCCCACAACCUCUCUCCACCACCCCAAAACCCAAAAGUUAUCCAUCUUCUAUCGGGAAGCAGCGAGCACGACCUCGAAAAUCCAGAACACCAUAUGAAAAUAUUCAUGAUAAGAAACGAGGUAGUGGGUCUUCAAAUAGAAGUCAAUUUCUGGGAGACGUUGAAUACGAUUCGGGAAUUGAACUCCAUGGUAACCCAAUGAGGAUGUCGGAUGUAGUUCUGAUGGAUCGCGCAUGCACAUGGAAGGACUGGGAUAAAUUCGACCCCCUGUUAUCUUUAGGUCAUCCUGUUCCUAAUUAUCCAGAUUUAAACAUGAAGGUUGUUAUGUGGAAUGUUAAGGGAGCCUCUCGAAAUGAGUUUAUUCCUCAUGCAUGGGAUGUGAUUGCAGCCCAUAAGCCUAGUAUCUUUAUUUUGCUUGAAACAAAAAGUGAUGGUACCCGUGCUGCCGAAGUUUCCAAACUUCUUGGUUUUGAUCAUUUCAACUUUAUCAAACCAAAUGGCUUAAGGGGAGGCAUUUGGUUGCUUUAUAAAGAUUCUAUCGAAUUAAUUGAUUGUGUUGAAGGGCACUCCAGAAACUACUUCCACGCUUUGUUUAAAUUUAGCCCUGAGGCUAAGGAAGUCCUUCUAACUGCUGUGCAUGCACCUUCAGCGCCUGCGGAGAGGCACAAGCUUUGGAAUGAUAUUCAGGCUUCUCUUCCUCCUGAUGAUACGCCAUGGCUGUUCCUAGGUGAUUUAAAUGAGGUGACUAGCCCUAAUGAAAAAACGGGGGGUCGCGCUUUUAGACAAUCUCAGUGUAAUGAUUUGAAUCGGCUUGCGGAUGCAGCUUGCCUGGUUGAUUUGGGGUUCUCUGGGGAGGGUUUGGACUUGGUCCGAGAACGACUAGAUAGGGCACUUGGAAAUCCUGUAUGGUUGAACACCUAUCCAAACACUCAGGCUAGUACUCAGUCCACUUCAGAUCCCAUUCCCAGGCAGUGGGCUCCUCCUCACAAAGGCUACUUCAAGCUAAACACUGAUGGAUCAUGGGUUGGUAUCAAUGAUGCUGGUGGAGGUGGUGUGCUUAGAUGCGACAAAGGGUUGUGGCAGCUUGGUUAUGCUGCAAAGUAUAAUGCUCUCUCUCCUGCUGCUACUGAGCUCUUAGCAAUAAAGGAUGGUCUCUUGUCUGCAUGGGCAAGGGAGAUUAAGUUCCUGGAACUAGAAACUGAUGCUGCUGAACUUAAGAGAAUGCUGGAAGAUCCGGACUCUUUCAAGGAUCAUGAACUUGGAAAUAUAAUUCGAGAUGUGGCUUCAAUCCUUAGCAGAAACUGGAAGGUUUCCAUUUUUCAUGUGAGCAGGUGUGCCAAUGGUGUUGCUGACAAAUUAGCAGCUAUGGGUAGAACAAAAGUGAGCCCAUGACGGCCUGUCCUGUACCUCUUACCCCCAGUUGAGCUGUUUGGAAUUUAUGCUUCAGAAAUCCCUGAGAUGGUGGUCAAUUAGUGCUGUUACUUUCUGUGCUUCAGCGCUUCCUUCUUCCUUCGAACAUCUUGUCUUGUUUUUACAAGCUUUUGUGUAUGGGCGCUUAGUUUUAUUUGCUGUAAUUCUAUUUCUAGCUUACUA